UAAGGACACUACUCACUCUGCCUUCUCCACUGUCUCUCUGCACAACAAACAUUGUCACUACACACAAACCCAUCCCUGCAUUCACACAAACACAAAAUUAAAAAAAAAAAACUAUUUCUUGGCCAAAAACAGGAACAAGAACUGAACUAAAAAUGGUUGAAAGCUCUAAAAGAAGCAAAUGGUUCACUCCAUCUAUCAUUCUUCUGGCUUUUUUUGCCUCUGCUACCCUUGGAGAAGAUGGAUUGGUGGCAAACGGUGGCUUCGAAACGCCGCCAACUAACGGUUUCCCAAGCGAAGCAUUAGCAGACGGACCAAGCGAAAUUCCGAAUUGGAAACUAAACGGCACCGUAGAGCUAGUCUCGUCAGGGCAAAAACAGGGUGGGAUGAUCCUCAUAGUACCAGGUGGUACACACGCAGUGAGAUUAGGGAACGAUGCGGAGAUCAGUCAAGAAUUAACGGUGGAGAAAGGAUCAGUAUACUCAGUUACGUUUAGUGCGGCUCGCACGUGUGCUCAAAUGGAGUCACUGAACGUAUCAGUGCCGCCCGCGUCGCAGACAAUAGAUUUGCAGACAUUGUAUAAUGUGCAAGGGUGGGACCCUUACGCGUGGGCUUUUGAGGCAGAAAAUGAUAAAGUGAGUUUGGUUUUUAGGAAUCCGGGUAUGGAAGAUGACCCGACUUGUGGGCCCAUUAUUGAUGACAUUGCUAUUAAGAAGCUUUUUUCUCCAGAUAAACCCAAAGACAAUGCAGUACUUAAUGGUGACAUGGAAGAAGGUCCAUGGAUGUUCAAAAAUGUUUCACUAGGAGUCUUACUCCCCACAAACCUUGAUGAAGAAACAACAUCCUUACCCGGUUGGAUCGUCGAGUCGAAUCGCGCCGUUCGCUACAUUGACUCGGACCAUUUCUCAGUUCCGCAGGGAAAACGUGCCAUUGAACUACUUUCGGGCAAGGAAGGCAUAAUUUCUCAAAUGGUUGAAACGACGUCUAACAAAGCGUAUACAUUGUCGUUUGCAUUAGGCCAUGCUGAUGACAAAUGCAAGCAGCCAUUAGCAGUAAUGGUUUUUGCUGGAGAUCAAGCUCAAAAUGUCCAUUAUACCCCUGACUCUAAUUCCACAUUUCAUGUUGCUGAUUUGAACUUCACAGCUAAAGCUGAUAGAACAAGAAUUGCAUUCUACAGUAUAUAUUACAACACAAGGACUGAUGAUAUGAGUUCACUGUGCGGGCCGGUGGUUGAUGAUGUUCGGGUUUGGUAUUCGAGUGCAAGGAGGAUCGGGUUUAGUGGGUUAGGAUUUGGGCUUGGGUUUUGGAUUUUAGUUUUGGUUUCGGGUCUGAUUUAAGGGUUUGGUUUGGCAGGGUGAAAAGGGCAUAAAAUAUAUGUGUUUUACUUUUCUGUAAGUUAAGGUUUGUGAGCUUUGCUUAGAAAUGAGAAUGAAGCAAUUAAGUACUA